AUGGGUUUCGGCAUACUAGAAGACCACAAAUUGCCCAACGUGCCAGGGACGGUGGUGCUCGACGAUGAGGUAGCCCACGUAGAAGGCCUCUCAGGUCUCAAACAUGCCAAAGGGAAAGGGCAACACGUCGUCCUAGUUCCACAACCGAGUGAAGACCCGAAUGAUCCUUUGAAUUGGCCCUUGUGGAAAAAGGAGAUGAUUACCUGGAUCUUAUGCUUUGGAGCCAUUCUGAACUGUGCCACCAAUGGCCCAUUCCUCAAUGCGUCCUAUGUGGCCAUUGCUGAAAGACUUCAGACUCCUCUUACGAGCGUGGUUGUCUUGUCAGGAUACAAUCUACUGGCUGCUGGUGCAACCGGACCUUUGUACUGCGCGCUCAGCCGAAGGUACGGUAAAAGGCCGUGUUUCCUCGCGUCGACUCUCUUCUGCAUCAUCGGAACGGCGAUUGGCGAAUCCAAAAUCAGCUUCAACUACCUGCGCGCCGCACGGGUCAUUCAAGGGUUUUCGACCAGCGCCUUUGAAUCGUUGACCGUCUCCGCCAUCGGCGAUAUGUAUUUUGUCCAUCAACGAGGCCUGCGUGUUUCUAUUUUGACCUUCAAUCUGUACGCUGCCUCAGGCCUUGCUUCAAUCAUCUGCGGUCAAGUCUUUGACAGGCUAGGCUGGCUAUGGCUGUUUCAUCUUUUCCAGAUCUUCGUCAUCAUCCAGUUCGUCUUGAUGUUCUUUUUCUGUCCCGAAACUUCGUACAUUAGGGAUCAUCUCUACGAUAUCGACAAUCAACAAGAGGAGAAAUUGGAUGAGCUCUUGCAUUUGGAAGAGAUUACCCGGGUAGACGACAAGACUGUGCAACGAACGAUCUCAAGGGAAAGUCAAACGCCGAGUAUUCCUCGGAAGAAAACCUUUGUUCAGGAGCUGGCGAUCUACACCAGAGUAUAUUCGAGGGACAACUUGCUCAAGCUCAUCUUUGGGCCAUGGUUGGCAUUGCUAAACCCAGGAGCUUGCUACAGCAUUGUCUGUGCUGGUAUUCUAAGCUCAUUCUAUGUUGGCGCCUCAAUAUUUGCUGCGUUGGUCUUUUCCGGUCCGCCCUGGUUGUACAACGUCUCUCAGGUUGCGUAUAUCGGAACUGGCCCAUUUGUGGGAGGCAUGAUUGGCUCCAUCAUCAUGACACUUGUGUUUGACCGGGCGUCAACGUGGAUGGCAAGGCUCAACAAUGGCGUCUACGAACCCGAAUUCAGACUUGUAUUCAUGCUGCCAACCAUGAUCAUUUACGCAGUCGGAACCUUCCUCUACGGCCAUUUUAUGAAUAUCGGGGCUGCAGGCCCUCUCUGCUCCUUCUUUUGGGGCGUCAUGCAGUGCGGUAUAGUCUUUGGCCUCUGUUCAACGACUUCGUAUGCUCUGGAUGCCUUCCGUGAAGACUCUAAUGAGAUAUUCAUUCUUGCGAUGCUGUUCAAGAACUUUCUUUUCUACGGAUAUAGCUACUUUGUCAAUAAUUGGGUAGUAGAGAAAGGUAUUUCGCAGGUCAUGAACGUGUUUGGUGGCGUCGGUGUCUUCUUCUGUCUCUUGGCUAUUGUCUUCUACGCCUUUGGUAAGAGGUUGCGUUCUUGGUGGUCUCGUCACAAUCUCUUCCGAAUGUUCAACAUGCAUGGAGAGUGA